UCUUUACUUUAAAAUCAUGAUUAUUUUGUGAACUUUAUUUAUUAUGAAUUACACUAUAUAUAAAAGAUAUUUUAGUUUUUAAAUUUAUAAAAAAAUUAUUAUAUAGGUUAUUUGAAAAAUAAAGAAAAAGGAAACCUAAAUAAAAAAGAAAAAAUAAAAUAAAAUAAAUAUUUAAUAAUGAUAAUUAGAUAUAUUUGAUUCAUUAAAGGUAUCAUCGUAAUCAACCACUGUGAGAGCUAACGUGAGUGCAACACGUAUGAAACUGAGUUUCCAAAUAAUAUUAUAGAGAUUAGAAGUUUCAAUCUAUUUUUGCAAGAUCGAUCACAAGUAAGAAAAAUCCAAACAAAAUUGCCUUGAUGUUUAUAUAAAUAAAUAACGUGUAUUUGACUAUUUGCACAGAUGAAGAAAAAAGGAAAAAAAAGGGUGUCAUCUGGGUGGAAGCACCGUGGCCUAAUGAUCAAGGUUUAAAGGCUUUUACACUCAGGUCUGGUGUUCAAACCCCAUACAACGUAAUUUUUACAGGAAGAUGUCUGAGUUUCAAUUCUUGAAGAAGACGAAUUAUGCACAAAAUUUGAGAAAAUGCUUACAAGAGAUUUUCAGCAUGGUGCAAGGAAUACCGUCAAGAAUGGAUCUCAUAUGGCUACUCAUGGUAAUGCAGUCAGGCGUGGAUCUUCAUAAGGCAUGUAGAAUUGUCGGUUGUAAUAUCGUCUAUGUAAUGUUUCUCAUCGUUUGUAAUAGCAUAAUUAAUCAGACAAAAAAAAAGUGUCAUCUGUAAUUAUGACAAAAAUCGUUACACAAACUUUAAUUUCACAAUACUAGCUGUCAAUGGCAAUUUUACUAUAUACCUCCCAAAAUUGAUUCUUUUAAACAUCGUACAUUUUUGUAUUAAGUAGAAAUUACAUAUGACGAACAUCUUGACAAAGAAAAUUGUCUUCUACAAAACUAGGAAUUAGAAACAUAAGUUAAACCUAUAAAGUACGACUAAUUUGUAUUUGUUUAAAAGAAACAUAACUAUAUUAUAAAAUUGGCAAGCUGGAUUGAAAAUAUGGAAAAGUCAGGGAAAAGAGACGAUUUUUGUUUUUUGGUGUAAGAAAAGAGACGGAAAUUUGACACCAAGACGAGGCUUGACUCGUUCAAUUGGCGUACGUGGCUCGUAAAAAGCUUACUAAACAGUAAACACACAUUACAACGAAAGUAAUCGAACACACACACACACAAGAAAAUCCUUGUCUUUCACAAUAUCCGACAAAAUGGAAUAAUAAAUAUAAAAGAAACCUUAAAACGCGUAGAACUUUUCUCAUUUCACUCGGAGAAACCAAUCUCUUCUACUUCAACACCUUCUUUAAUGUCUAUGAGUUCUAUAUUUAAGAAGCAGAUAGAUUUGUCAUAACAUAUCUACAAUACAGAGGUUUCCUUUUGUAGCAAGUCUAUUUAUCAAAUAUAAAAAUGGAGGAGGACCUUACAACUGGGUUUCGCUUCUAUCCCACGGAAGACGAACUGGUUGAGUUCUACCUACGAAACCAGCUCGAAGGAAGGAGUGGUGACUCAAUGCACCGUGUCAUUCCCGUUCUAGAUGUCUUUGAGGUCGAACCUAGUCAUCUUCCAGAUCUUGCGGGAGAGAGAUGUCGAGGAGAUGCUGAGCAAUGGUUCUUCUUUGUGCCAAGACAAGAGCGCGAAGCAAGAGGAGGCAGACCGAGCAGAACCACUGGUUCAGGGUAUUGGAAAGCAACUGGAUCACCUGGUCCAGUCUUUUCCAAGGAUAACAGAAUGAUUGGAGUCAAGAAAACUAUGGUUUUCUACACCGGAAGAGCACCAACAGGAGGAAAAACAAAAUGGAAGAUGAAUGAGUACAAAGCCCUUGACGAUAGAGGCAACGUUUCCGCAAUCCCUAAGUUGAGACAUGAAUUCAGUUUAUGUCGUGUCUACGUAACAUCAGGAAGCUCAAGAGCUUUUGAUAGACGCCCUGUGGGAGUUCGUCAGACAGGGACAAUGCUUACAAAUGAUGUUGCAGUUGCUGAGACAUCAUUUACUGUGGGAACCUCACCAGAAAUUUCCAUGUCAGGAGGAGAACAUGUUGAUCUCUCUGUGGACACAGAGAUGGUGGAUGGUUUAACUGAACCAAUCUGGGAAUGGGAGCAGCUGAAUUGGCCUUGAAUCUAAGAAAUUCAUAAGCAAGCACAUUAAAAUUACUAGUUAUUACUUAUUACCAUGGGUUAUUACAUUACUACUAGUCGAGUCUAUUACCACCAAUUAUUUUUGUUUUCCUUGUAACGUGAUAAUUUGAAUAAGAAUAAAUGACAAAAGAUGAUAUUACAUUUUUUGAGAAAAUAUAAUGAUUUUUUUUC